AUGACAGAGAGAUGCUGGAUGUUCGGGACUCGCCAUGUGAUUGAUUGGUGCGUCGGCUGGGGUGCAGUACCUACCAAAGAGGGUGUGGACAAAAAUCAAUUGGCCGUCGUCGUCGUCGUCGUCGUCGUCGGUUCGGUGGACACGGGGGAGGUGAAGCAGCGAAAGAUGGAGAGGCGGAUGCCGGAAGAAUGUUGGAAGGGGAUGGAAAAAGAAAAUCGGAGAAGCACGAGUAGCGAGUUUUUGCGUGCUGCGGCGGUUAAUCCGGUGGUGCUGGGCCUUGGGGAUCGGUGA